AUGGCUCUGAAUGGGACGGGUGCUGAAUUCAGAUCCUCUAUGUCGUUGACGGACAGAAGCGACAGCCGCUGGGUGAUGGAGCAGAAGGUGUCUCUGGUUCUCAAUAAUUCAAUGGAUUGUAAUGAGAGUGAAAACGGAAACAGGUCAGACUUUUUGACCUCGAUGUCUGUGCAGAAGAACUGGGUGGCUCUGUUGAUUUCUCUGGUCAUUAUCAUCACAGUGACGGGGAAUAUUCUGGUCAUCAUGGCCGUGAGUCUGGAGAGAAAGUUACAGAACGCCACCAACUACUUCUUGAGGUCUUUGGCCUUUACAGACAUGCUUCUGGGUAUCCUGGUGAUGCCAGUGGCCAUGGUGACCAUCCUCUACGGUUACACUUGGCCCCUGCCCUCGGCCCUGUGUCCCGUCUGGAUCUACCUAGACGUUCUCUUCUCCACCGCUUCCAUCAUGCACCUGUGCGCCAUCUCUCUGGACCGCUACAUCGCCAUCCGCAACCCUAUCCACCACAGCCGCUCAAACUCUCUGACUAGAGCCCGUGUUAAGAUCACGGCAGCCUGGACCAUCUCUGUAAUUAUCUCCAUGCCCGUCCCGGUCCUCGGCCUUCACGAUCGCUCCAAAGUCUUCCACAACGAGAGCUGCCAGCUGACGGACGACAACUUCGUGCUGAUCGGCUCUUUUGUGGCGUUCUUCAUCCCGCUCAUCAUCAUGGUGGUCACCUACGUCCUCACCGUCAGCGCUCUGCAGAGCGAAGCCACACUGUGCCUCGACCAGCUCAUCGUGCGUCCAAAGUGGUCGUCCACCGUCGGCCUCCUCCCGCGAGGCUCGCUUACCUCCGAGCGCCUCUUCUCCCGUUCCUCUCUCUGUCGCCACGGCGACGGGUCGGCCCGAGGCUCCGGCCGACGCACUAUGCAGUCUAUCAAUAACGAACAGAAGGCCUCGAAAGUUCUGGGAGUGGUCUUCCUGCUCUUCGUCAUCAUGUGGUGUCCGUUCUUCGUCACAAACGUGAUGGCGGUGGUCUGCGGUUCGGCGUGCGACGAGCAUUUGGUGGGCGGGCUGAUGAACGUGUUCGUGUGGGUGGGUUACCUGUCGUCCGCCGUCAACCCUUUCAUCUACACGCUUUUCAAUAAGACGUACCGCGCCGCCUUCGCCAGGUACAUGCGCUGCCACUACCGUGAGGAACGGAGGCCUCUGCAGCUGAUCCUGGUGAACACCAUCCCUCCUCUGGCAUUCAGCUCCUCUCUGAGGGAGGGGAGGGGGGAGGACUUUUCUCGCAAAGACAAAUCUAAAUCUGCACAUGCACAAAACAAGCAGGAGCGGGAUGAGGUUGUGAGUCAUGUGUGA